AUGUCCCGAUCCGGUCACGUGGUCAUUGUCAAAGUGGGCUGCGAGGAGCCGGCCAUGUCAAUGGACACCAGCGGGAAGAUUAUUUGGGCCAAGCACCGUCAAAUACAGCAGGCCAACUUGAUGCAAAUGGGUGAUGCUGAGAUUAAGGAUGGAGAGAGGCUCCCACUGGAGGUGAAAGACUUGGAAAGUUUUGAGAUACACCCUCAAACGAUCCAGCAUAACCCCAACGGGAGGUUUGUUGCAAUGUGUGGUGAUGGAGAGUACAUCAUCUGUACCGCCAUAGCUCUGAGAUUCAAGAUCUUCGGCUCAGCACAGGAGUUUGCUUGGGCACAUGACUCAUCUGAAUAUGCGAUUAGAGAAAACAGAAGCGUUGUGAAAAUAAUGCAGAAUUUCAAAGUAAAGAAAUCAUUCACGCCUGACUUUGGAGCAGAGGGCAUCUAUGGAGGUUUCUUGCUUGGGGUGAGGUCAGUGAAUGCUCUGGGAUUUUAUGAUUGGGAGAACACCGAACUGAUCCGCCGCAUUGAGAUCCAACCUAAACACAUCUUCUGGUCGGACUCUGGUGAGUUGGUCCAGGGAGAGUUCCGGGAGAUCGUGAAGACUGGACUCUGGGUUGGCGACUGCUUCAUUUACACCAGCUCUCUGAACAGACUCAGCUACUUUGUAGGGGGAGAGAUUGUCACUCUUGCUCACUUGGACAGAACUUUGUAUUUACUGGGCUACAUAGCCAAACAUGAGCAUCUCUACCUGGGAGACAGGGACCUCCACAUCGUCAGCUACUCCCUGCUGGUCUCAGUCCUCAAGUACCAGACUGCUGUCAUGAGGAGGGACUUUGGUGUGGCCGACAAGGUGCUUCCCACAAUUGCAAAAGAGCAACGGACCAGAGUGGCCCACUUCCUGGAAAAACACGGUUUUAAGCAGCAGGCAUUAGCGCUGACGACGGACCAUGAGCACAGGUUUGAGCUGGCCUUGCAGCUGGGAGACUUGGAAAUUGCCUACCAGCUGGCUGUAGAAGCAGAGUCAGAGCAGAAGUGGAAGCCAUGUGCAAAGCUGGUUAUUACUGCCUGUGAGUUUGGCCUGGCCCAGGAAUGCCUUCGGCAUGCUAAGGAUUACGAGGGUUUAAUCGCCACCGCUUCCGGUAACGCCCGUAUGGUGGGCAAGCUGGCCGAGGGUGCAGAAAGGGAAGGCAAGAACAACGUUGCCUUUGUGACCUACUUCCUGCAGGGGAGACUUGAUGAGUGUUUAGAGGUUUUGAUCAAAACCAAGCGCCUACCUGAAGCUGCUUUAUUGGCUCACACUUACCUGGCCAGCCAGGUGUCCCGUGUGGUCAGACUGUGGAGGGAAAACUUGGCCGAGGUCAACCAGAAGGAGUUUACGCGUCAAGAUGCCGUUUGUCUGCAGGUGUUCAAGAAUGAAGAAUAAAAGAAGAAUUGUUGAUUAUAUUGAGUUACUGUAUAUGUUUGUGUUUGGCACUAAAUAAACUUGAUAUCCAGCUCUUAAAUUUGCAUUUCCAGUGUAAUUAGUGGA